GAAUCUUCAAAUAUCAUUUCCAAACCAUACAGCAAAGGGUAUGUGUAGUUUUUACAUAUGCCUCUUAGUUUUGUGAAUUUCGAAAGGAUGUGGUUACGGCCUGUGACAUCAGAGGAGAAGCUCCACAUUGUUGACUGAACACUGAUAGAAAGAUAACAUCGGAGGCAAGAGGCCUUUUAACAGCUCUCUGAAAGUCAACUGCCUCCCCAGUGCAUUCCUUGCCCUGAAGCUCUGUCCUUUGGCUGUGCUACAGGGUGAUGCCCAAGGUGCAUCACUUCUCAAGAACUGGAUCAUGAACAACUUUAUCCUCCUAGAGGAACAGCUCAUCAAGAAAUCGCAACAAAAGAGAAGAACUUCUCCCUCCAACUUUAAAGUCCGCUUCUUUGUUUUAACCAAAACCAGCCUGGCGUACUUUGAGAACCGUCAUGGGAAAAAGCGCACAUUGAAGGGCUCCAUUGAACUCUCCCGAAUCAAAUGUGUUGAGAUUGUGAAAAGUGACAUUAGUAUCCCAUGCCACUAUAAAUAUCCAUUUCAGGUUGUGCAUGACAAUUACCUCCUGUAUGUGUUUGCUCCAGACCGUGAGAGCCGGCAGCGCUGGGUUCUGGCCCUUAAAGAAGAAACAAGGAACAAUAACAGUUUGGUACCCAUGUAUCAUCCUAACUUCUGGAUGGAUGGGAGGUGGAGGUGCUGUGCUCAGCUGGAGAAGCUCGCAGUGGGCUGUGCCCAGUACGAUCCAACCAAGAAUGCUUCAAAGAAGCCUCUUCCUCCUACUCCUGAAGACAACAGGCGAUCACUCCAGGAACCUGAAGAAACCCUUGUCAUUGCCUUGUAUGACUAUCAAACGAACGACCCACAGGAACUUACGUUACAACGCAAUGAGGAAUACUACCUGCUGGACAGUUCCGAGAUUCACUGGUGGAGAGUGCAGGACAGGAAUGGGCAUGAAGGAUAUGUACCAAGCAGUUAUCUGGUGGAAAAGUCUCCAAAUAGCCUGGAAACCUAUGAGUGGUACAAUAAGAGUAUCAGCCGAGACAAAGCUGAAAAACUUCUUUUGGACACAGCCAAAGAAGGAGCCUUCAUGGUACGAGAUUCCAGGACUCCAGGAACUUACACCGUGUCUGUUUUCACUAAAGCCGUUGUAAGUGAGAACAACCCCUGUAUCAAGCAUUAUCACAUCAAGGAAACUAAUGAUAACCCCAAGCGAUAUUAUGUGGCUGAAAAGUAUGUGUUUGAUUCCAUCCCUCUCCUCAUCAAUUACCACCAACACAAUGGAGGAGGUCUGGUCACUCGACUCCGGUAUCCAGUUUGUUCCUGGAGGCAGAAAGCCCCAGUCACAGCAGGACUGAGAUAUGGGAAAUGGGUGAUUGAUCCCUCAGAGCUCACUUUUGUACAGGAAAUUGGCAGUGGGCAGUUUGGGUUGGUGCAUCUUGGCUACUGGCUCAACAAGGACAAGGUGGCCAUCAAAACCAUUCAAGAAGGGGCUAUGUCGGAAGAGGACUUCAUAGAGGAGGCUGAAGUAAUGAUGAAACUCUCUCACCCCAAACUGGUGCAGCUGUAUGGGGUAUGCCUAGAGCAGGCCCCCAUCUGCCUGGUGUUUGAGUUCAUGGAGCACGGCUGCCUGUCGGAUUACCUGCGCAACCAGCGAGGACUCUUUGCUGCAGAAACCCUGCUGGGCAUGUGCCUGGACGUGUGUGAGGGCAUGGCCUACCUGGAAGAGGCAUGUGUCAUCCACAGAGACCUGGCUGCCAGAAAUUGUUUAGUGGGAGAAAACCAAGUCAUCAAGGUGUCCGACUUUGGGAUGACAAGGUUCGUCCUUGAUGAUCAAUACACCAGUUCCACAGGCACCAAGUUCCCAGUGAAGUGGGCAUCCCCGGAAGUCUUCUCCUUCAGUCGCUAUAGCAGCAAGUCAGAUGUGUGGUCAUUUGGUGUGCUGAUGUGGGAAGUCUUCAGUGAAGGCAAAAUCCCGUAUGAAAACCGAAGCAACUCAGAGGUGGUGGAAGAUAUCUCUACUGGAUUUCGCUUAUACAAGCCCCGGCUGGCCUCCUCAAAUAUCUACCAGAUCAUGAAUCAUUGCUGGAAAGAGAAACCAGAAGACCGGCCACCUUUCUGCAGACUCUUGAGUCAACUGGCUGAAAUUGCAGAAUCAGGACUUUAGCAGAGACUCAGCGCCAGGCCACGGGCUGCAGAUCCUGAAUGGGGGAAGCAGAUUCUCCAUUCAUAGAGUAUUAAAAGCUGCCACCAGCCCAGGACUCCCAGAGGCAGCCGGCCUGUGGCGCCGGUCACUGAGCUGCCGCGGAGGCAGCACCCUGGCAGGGGCUGGCACCCAGCCGCAGGCAGGAGGCUCAGCCGCUGAACUGGGAGUGAAGCCAGAGCAGCCGCGAUGUCUCUACCCUCCUUCCAGCCUCUUGUGUGUGGUGCACGAACCUCAAUCUGACAGCUUUCAGGCAACGUUUCUUGCACUUCUUAGAGAAAAGGAGAGAUGGGGUAGGACUGUGGAUUAUUAUUUUUGUUAUUAUUUCAAACAUGAAAUAUAAAGUUUAUGGUCAAGGGUUUAUGAGAUCUAAAGCUUAUGGUCAAGGGAUUUUUACUUGACCUGACAACACAGAAUCCCAGGAUACGGGGCAAGAGAAAUGAGGAGUGUGACUCUUUUUCAAGGAGAACCGGCGAACUAAUUAAGGUCAGGAGGUGUAAACUCAGCCGCUGUGAUGUCGUCAGCCGCAGCUUCCUGCCGUAGAGGAUGAUGGAACUAAUGCUCACAUCUGAGGCCGGAUAAUCUAGAAGCAGCUUAAUGCAUGUUACUCAUCCAGCACAGUGCCACUUUCCUCCUUGAAGGGACACGAUGGACCGGGGUGAACGAUUUCUAUCUCAUGGCUGGGGCUGGCGUCUGGACAGAAAGAGGGCAUCAAAUGAUGGAGAACCAAAUGGUACAGAGAAAGGCCUUGGGCUGUUAGUACUCCAACACCCACCUUUAGUACCAAGCUGGGCAGGUCACUGUGCCUUCCCUUCUGCGCAGAAUGCUUCUGCAGGCAUCUUGGGAGAAGAUGUUUCUUCUGAACCCUGACUCCCCCUGAAGACUCCACCACCAAUUUUUCUGACCUCUAGGAUUAGUCCCCUCUGCACUGUUCCACCCUCAUCAGCAGAGGGCAGCAUUGUGUCGGGCAGUGUGGUCUUGCAGAGAAAUCCAAGCUUGUUUAGGCCCUAGAGGUUUGCAACUUCAAGGCUGAGGCUUCACGUCUCCUGAAAGUCUCUGAGAGGAACGAGGGGUCUAUUCUUGCUCAAACCAUCUGGAUACAAACAGGCACUGAGUAGGGUGCUUUCAAAGCGCACAAGGCAGCCUACUGUUGAUUGAGCACUGAAAUCUGCACAGUGAAUAUGUACUGAGCUACAAGCCUUAUCUGCAGAAUUUCAUUUCAUCCUGAGUUCACACCAACCCCAUGAGAAACUAUUCUUAUUCCCAUUUUACAGAUAAUCGAACUGAGGCUUUAAAAAGCCAAGACACCUCCCCAAAGUGACAGAGCUAGGAAGUGUAGAGGCUACAUCUGUCUGACACCAGUGCAGUUUCUUUAUUUCUAUUCAGCACUGUCUCCUACUGAUGAUGAAAGGGGCUGCAGAGAAGGAGAUAAAUAUAGCUGGGGGAAAGACCUAGAAAGCCAUUAAAGAAGUCAACACAGAAUGAUGUUUCUCCCACGUAGACCACUAUGGUUGGCCAUGUAAACCUCCAAGUUGGAAUAGGAUCUUCUUUUUCCUCAUCUGUAGCUUCACCUUUGUUAGAAUUAAUGACUUUGGAGUUGCUCAAUUAAUUAACCCUUUGAUUCACCCACCCCUCCAGAGUCAUGUUGCAGGAAGCCAUUUAUAGAUGAGCUUCAAAACAGCUUUGAAAGAUCCUCCUGUGGGUGUAUAAAUGCUUCCUUUAAUCAUCAUCUCAACUUUGAGUCAGCUGCACUCUUGGACAUUUUGUGUUCACUGAUGUAAGAGAGAGUUCGUUUUCCUACAGCAUUCAGAUGAAACUUGUAGAGAGAUUAUUGGGUAGUGUAGUCAUUCACUCUUCUGUGUGAUAUUUUGACCAGCUAGAGAUGCAGAUGCAUAGCUUUUAACUGUAACUAUUGGGGUUUUUUUUAUUUUUUUAUGUUUAUUUUUGAGAGAAAGACAGAGUGUGAGCGGGGAAGGGGCAGAAAGAGAAGGAGACGCAGAAUCUGAAGCAGGCUUCAGGCUCUGAGCUGUCAGCACAGAGCCCGAUGUGGGGCUCGAACUCAUGGACUGUGAGAUCGUGACCUGAGCCAAAGUCGGACACUCACCCGACUGAGCCACCCAGGCGCCCCUCAACUAUAAUUAUUGUGAAACUGGUUGCCUCAAGAUAAAACUCUAUCAUUCAGAAGAUGACCUUACUCAACAUAUUCAAAAUCAUCUCUGUUUACUUUUUGGCCUUUUGUACAUUCUCUUGUGGAACCCUUAAUUAGAGAUGAUUUCUGGAACAUCCAGCCUAGAAGGAAAACAUCAAAAUUGACUGAUUUCUGUGGUCUGGUUUCAAAAAUUACCCCUUGCAUGGUAUUAUCUUGUUCACGCUCAGAUUUGCUGGGGCCUUAACUGAACAUAUGUCAAUAGUUCACUCCCCAGUGUCCUGUCCUGCAAAAGGGGCUUCCUGUCUGUUUCUCUUUUCCCCUCUCACAUGUUGAAAAUUGUACCAUGUGUUCACAAAAAAUUCUCUUAUACAAAGUUUUGGUUCUAGACGCAUUUUAUAGAUUUUGCAUUUUGUACCUUUUGAGACUAUUUAUAUUUAGAUGUAUUGAAUAUUUAUUAGUGUACAGUCCCUGCUAGUAUCCAUGAUAAAAAUGUUACAAAUAUCUCUAACCAUUUAUAAAGCACACAUAGUUGAAGGUUGGGUCUAGCAAAUAAAGCUAUAUGUUUUAAUAAAUACAGUAUAUAUGGCCUGGGUUCCAUUUGCCCAAAUGUCAAACAACAAAAAUUUUCCUCAAAUAAAAAUGAUUACAUGGCUGUAUGUUCCACAAGCAAGUAAAGACUAUAUAUCAUUCAACAUUUGAUAUAAAUAUCAAAGGCUUCUUGUGUUCCUAUCAUAUACUCUACCGAGAGCUACAGAAACAAAGAUGAAAAAGGCAGUCUUUGGUUUUCAGAAACUUCAGGUACAGUUAAGAAGGCAGACAUAUAAACAAGUAAAAUCAUCCAGCAAUUAGAGCAACAACAGAAAUAUGGUCUAAGAGGAGAGGAGAGGAGAAAAAAGUUAUGGAAUCUAUCAGGGGAAGGGUGACAUCAGGAAAACUUCCUGGAACCUUGCUACUCAAAGUGUGGUCCCUAGACCAGCAAUAGCAGCAAGACCAACUGGUGACAAGUGUGAAUUCUCUGGCUUCACCCUGAAACUCACUGAACGAGAAUCUGCAUUUUCACAAAAUCCACAGGUGCUCCUAAGCACAUUAAAGUUUGACACAUACCGUCAUAGAGGAUGUAAUGUCCGACUCAGUUUGGAAGAUGAAUUAUGUUUUUUUCUAGCAAGCAAGUGGGCAGAAGUAAGAGAGAUAGUUAACAGGUAGAACGAUAAAGGAAAUAGAAUGUAUGAGGAAGCUAUUAUCAGCUUAUCCUUGCUGGAGUGGAAGUUGUGGGGAUGGCCACGAGGUGUUGGCAAGGGUGAGGAUGAUUAAGCAGGGAGGCAAAUUGAAACUGAAUCUGUAAAUCUAGAUAAGGACCAUAUUUGAAAAGACAAGAAAUGUUGGAACUCUACCUAUAGAUAGAAAAGAUGUCAGUGUGCAAAGAGAGAAGGUCAAAUUUCUGUUUAAAAAUAUAUUCUGGCAGCAACACAGUGAGUGUAUUUGAGAGAGGUAAAGCCGAUAGAAGAGAAGCCAAUAUGAAGAUGAAUUUCGCCGUGUUCCAAGAACCAGAUUAUUGUUCAUACCCAUUCGCUGUCAUCUGCUGUGUGGGUGACAUGGAGAAAUUGUAAUUCGGAGUUCUUCAGUCACAGUUGGAGAGCAAUGAAUAGCUUAGCUAUUCCCCUGCCUCUUAAAGUCCCAGCGAAAAACAGGCUGACUUAUGUUUUUGGUGUGUUGAGCUCCCCUGUUGACCACAUGCCCAUGUCCACUGCAGGAGCCGGUUCACACACCAGAGGACCACUGGGCACAAGUGAAAAAGCCUGCAACUUCUACUCAGACCUUUGUGGGACUCACCUUUGGGCUUGACUCCCACCAGGAAAUGACCCAGAUAGCAAACUCCUAAAGCGACUGGAUGAACAGCUCUGCUUCUCAGCGUAUUUAUCCUGUAGACCCUAUUCUCCCUGGAAUCUCCCAACACAAAAGUCCACUGCCUUGAGGAAGAGGCAGGAACGUAACCCAUUCAGCAAGAUGGGCUGUGUGUAUUUGUGUGUGUGUGUCUUCAGUGACUGUGAGAUUCUCUUCAAGUCAUGACGUGUAGUAGGCUUAUGGGAUCACAGAAUCACACAGUGACUAUUAGAAGGAGUUUUAGAGAUCAUUUACUUACUUUAUAAAUAAUAGUUCCCAUUCACCUGACAUUGCUUGGCACUGUGUCAGGUGUAUAAGAUGAAUAUGAUAUCUUAUCGGUUAGAGACCAAACACUUCACACUCAAAUUAAGAUAAUUCAAGGAGGACUUAUUUACAGAAGGAUUAUGUAGAACAGUGUGGGUCAGGUUUAGGAGAACCACAGAGUAGUACAGAGGAAAAUAACAGCCAAGGAGCAGUUAUCACCUUAAGGCCUGAAGAGACAGGAGGGAGAGUAGUCAUUUGAAUGUGACAGCAGAGAGUCACCUGGAGAAGGUCACCUUGAGAGGAGAGGACCUUUAGUAAGGAAGCCCGAGGCAACAUCACAAGGAGAAAGCAGGGGAAUAAAUACAAUGGCCCUACUCUCCUCCCUUACCCCAUCCACUACUGGGGUUACUUGUUGGCCAAACCCAACUGAAAGCCAGAGGAUGAGGAAACUGUAGCAGGGCCAUCCAUAGAGCUAAGUCCCCAAGGGAAAGAGCAGGGUGCAAAGAGUGGAGUGGAUUUGGAGAAGGAGAAGAUAUCUAGUAUGGACACCAGCCUUCCUAAAAGAAGCCCUUUGGCUACUAAAAAAGUCCAACACGUAAACAAACACAGUUGAUGUUUAUUAUUUGCAGAUUCUAUACUUGCAAAUUUGCCUACUCACUGAAAUUUAUUUGUAACUCCCAAACCAGUCCUUCCAUAGCCAUCCAUGGCAUGCCCAUGCCAGAGCAGUGAAAAAUGUGAGUUGCCCUCUGUGCAUAUUCCCAGCCCAGGUCAAACAAGGUAAUGUUCUGCCUUCUCAUUUCAGCUCUCACACAGUAAACAAGUAUCCUUUUCAAGGCUUAGUGCCAUGUUUGCACUUGUGUACUUUUUGUUGGUAAUUUUGCUGGUUAAAAUGGCCCUCGAGCAAAGAGCUGAAAUGUUUGUAGUGUUCCUAGAGCAAGAAG